GGGCAGGCUGAAACACCGGGCGAGCUCUGCGGCCAGGUUAAGGUUAGAGGGGGCGCACACAGCCUGUCCCCCAUUCUGCUCAGCUUGCCAAUCCUCUCCUGGUGUAUCUGUCGGUUGCAGUGUCGGAGGCUGGAGCCGGCCCCCGCCUUCCGCGCCCCCCACGGGACGAAAGCACCCCCUGUAUUAAAAAGAGCGCAGCAGAAAGAAGUCCUCAUUCGCCGGCCAGGAGGCGAGCCAAUGCCGAGCUGCACCGCGUCCACCAUGCCUGGAAUGAUCUGCAAAAACCCGGACCUCGAGUUUGACUCACUGCAGCCCUGCUUCUACCCGGACGAAGAUGACUUCUACUUCGGCGGCCCCGACUCGACACCCCCGGGAGAGGACAUCUGGAAGAAGUUUGAGCUGCUGCCCACGCCCCCACUGUCGCCCAGCCGUGCCUUCCCGGAGCACAGUCCGGAGCCCCCUAACUGGGCUACGGAGAUGCUGCUGCCUGAGGCUGACCUGUGGGGUAACCCGACCGAAGAGGACGCGUUCGGCUUUGGGGGACUGGGCGGCCUCACCCCCAAUCCGGUCAUCCUCCAGGACUGCAUGUGGAGCGGUUUCUCUGCCCGGGAGAAGCUGGAGCGCGCGGUGAGCGAAAAGCUGCAGCACGGCCGCGGGGUGCCAGCUGCUUGCACCCCAGCCCCGGCCCCGGGAGCGGGCGCUGCCAGCCCUCCCGGCCGCGGGCAUAGCGCUUCUGGGAGCGCGGGCCGCACUGGGGCCGCCCUGCCCGCCGAGCUCGCCCACCCAGCCGCCGAGUGCGUGGAUCCCGCGGUGGUUUUCCCCUUCCCGGUCAACAAGCGGGAGCCGGCACCUAUGCCUGCCGUCCCGGCCGGAGCCCCAGCGGUGGGGGCUGCAGUCCCCUCCGGGCCAAGCGCUGCAGCUCCGGCCAGUGCCCCAGCGGCUGUUCCUCCGCGCGCAGGCGGCCGCCCGGCCAGCAGCAACGACCACAAGGCUCUCAGCACCUCCGGAGAGGACACCCUCAGCGACUCAGAUGAUGAUGACGACGAAGAGGAAGAUGAAGAGGAAGAAAUUGACGUGGUCACAGUGGAAAAGCGGCGUUCCUCCUCCAACAGCAAGGCUGUCACCACCUUCACCAUCACAGUGCGUCCCAAGAAUGCAGCUCUGGGCCCAGGGAGGGCUCAGUCUGGUGAGCUGAUCCUCAAACGCUGUGUCCCCAUCCACCAGCAACACAACUAUGCUGCCCCCUCGCCCUAUGUGGAGAGUGAGGAUGCCCCACCCCAGAAGAAGAUUAAGAGCGAGGUGUCCCCACGUCCCCUCAAGAACGUCGUUCCCCCAAAGGCUAAGAGCUUGAGUCCUCGCAACUCUGACUCGGAGGACAGUGAGCGUCGUCGCAACCACAACAUCCUGGAGCGCCAGCGACGCAAUGACCUACGGUCCAGCUUCCUCACGCUCAGGGACCACGUGCCAGAGCUGGUGAAGAACGAGAAGGCCGCCAAGGUGGUCAUUUUGAAAAAGGCCACAGAGUACGUCCACUCCCUUCAGGCAGAAGAGCACCAGCUUUUGCUGGAAAAGGAAAAAUUGCAGGCAAGACAGCAGCAGUUGCUAAAGAAAAUUGAACACGCUCGGACUUGCUAAAUGUUUCUCAAAACUGGACAGUCACUGCCACUUUGCACAUUUUGAUUUUUUUUUUUAAAAACAAAUAUUAUGUUGACAUUAAGAAUGUGGGUUUACUUUCAAAUCAGUCUCCUGUCAAGUUUGGAUCUGGUUAGGGGCAGGAUGAGUGGGGGUCCUGCCAGGACCUCAGGACUGGGCCUGCCUUGAUGCGAUGCUGGGCGGCCAUCGCAUCGUUUCCUCCACCUCACCUCUGCGAUGCCAUAGAAGUUCAUGACAAGUUGAGAGCCUCUGGGGCUGUUGAAGUCACCUUGUUCCAAGUUUCCAAACAACAGAAAGUCAUUCCUUCUUUUUAAAAAUGGUGCUUAAGUUCCAGCAGAUGUCACUUAAGGGGGUUGCCAUUUGAUACCCCUGGGGAACAUUUCUGUAAAUACCAUUGACACACUGCCUUUUGUACAUGUCUUGGGUAAUGAGAGGUGGCUUUCGCGGCCAGUAUUAGACUGGAAGUUCAUACCUAAGUACUGUAAUACCUCAAUGUUUGAGGAGCAUGUUUUGUAUACAAAUAUAUUGUUAAUCUCUGUUAUGUACUGUACUAAUUCUUACACUGCCUGUAUACUUUAGUAUGAUGCUGAUACAUAACUAAAUUUGAUACUUAUAUUUUCGUAUGAAAAUGAGUUGUGAAAGUUUUGAGUAGAUAUUACUUUAUCACUUUUUGAACUAAGAAACUUUUGUAAAGAAAUUUACUAUAUAUAUAUAUAUGCCUUUUUUCCUAGCCUGUUUCUUCCUGUUAAUGUUAUUUGUUCAUGUUUGGUGCAUAGAACUGGGUAAAUGCAAAGUUCUGUGUUUAAUUUCUUCAAAAAUGUAUAUAUUUAGUGCUGCAUCUUAUAGCACUUUGAAAUACCUCAUGUUUAUGAAAAUAAAUAGCAAUUAAAUGAUGCACUCAAAUUUUUAUUCCCUUCGUAACACUAGUUAAACUUUAUCCCGUCAGCAACAGCCGUAAGUCGUGCAUAACUUAUAAAGUGAACUUGUAUUUACAUUUGAACAUUCCUGUAUGGGGAGGGGUCAUUGUCCUCACUUGAGAUGAGGAGUCUGGGCUUGGGGACAUCAGGGCACUUCUCCAGGAUUACACAGAAUAUGCUUUUAGUGACUACCUUUGCAUUGUAACAAUAGUACCUAACAGUUUAUAAAGUGCUUUCAUGUAUGGUGACCAGUUGAUGGAAUUAUGCUAAGACAUCAUAUUCCAACCCUUUCGAAUGAGAAAAUCAAGAAACAGCUGUACUUGGAGUUGCUGGCAAUCUUUUAGUGUAGAGCAGAACUUGUCUCUACAAAUAAUGAAUUCUUGAAAAUAUACUGGGACCUAUGCAAGGUUCUAUGCUAAGCAAUGAGUUUGGUCCCUUCUCUGGAACCAACAAUCUGAUUUGCAAAAAUGUAACUCACAGUAUGAAGUGCCAGCAGCCCAGAUCAAGUUCCAUGUCUUCAGGAGAGAGACUGGGGUGUCCGGCGUAUUGAAAUGUGUAGCCUUGUCCACUUCCAUCUCCUGCCACACCAGUCGGUAUUUUGGAUACUUGAAGUUCUGUUCCGUGGAAGCAGGUUCAGGUUUGCAGGCCUGGAGGGCAGGGCCAGGGCCAGCCAUUAGAAAGGAGGUGGAAUUCAGCUCCUGGUUAGGAAGAAGUUUCUGAGUUUCCUUGACAAGAGAUAAUAUCCUUCCUUGUGAGGCACUCUCCUCACAACCUAUUUAUGUUUUGGGUGAAAGGUUGUACUAGGCUAUUCGUCCGGGGUUUUGUUCAUCUCUUAAAUUUACAACCCUGAGUUAAAAAGGCCUUUUGCUUUACAGAGAAGAAAACAGGUCCAUGGAGGAGAAGGGGUCUGUUUGCCCGGCCUUGUAGCUUGUGAGGCCCAGGGCAGAGGUGGGAGAACUUAGACCGUGUCGAUUUCCAUGGUAGGGCCCUGUCUACUUAAACCAUUUUGUUAAGAGGGUCGGUUAGACAGCCCCAAGCCCCAGAGCUGUGAGAUCAGGUGAUAAUUGUCUUUCUGAAAG